AAAAUGUCUUCUGUAAAUGUCACUGUCAUGACAGAAUUUAUCCUUUUGGGACUCACAGAUGACCCACUGUUAGAGAAGAUCCUAUUUGGGGUGUUUCUGGUUAUCUACCUGGUUACUCUGACAGGAAAUCUCUGCAUGAUUGUGCUCAUCAGGACCAAUUCCCACCUCCAAACCCCCAUGUACUUCUUCCUGAGUCACCUCUCCUUUGUAGAUAUUUGCUACUCUUCUAAUGUGAGCCCCAACAUGUUGUAUGAUUUCCUCUCUGACCUGAAGACCAUCUCCUAUGCAGGCUGCUUCACCCAGUGUCUGCUGUUCAUUGCCCUGGUGAUCACUGAAUUUUACAUCCUUGCAUCUAUGGCACUGGAUCGCUAUGUAGCCAUUUGCAGCCCUUUGCAUUAUACUACCAGGAUGUCCAAGAACAUCUGUAUGUCUCUUGUCAUGGUCACUUAUGUCUAUGGUUUCCUGAAUGGACUGUCACAGACACUGCUGACUUUUCACUUGUCCUUCUGUGGUCCUUUGGAGAUCAACCAUUUCUACUGUGCUGACCCUCCUCUCAUUAUGUUGGCCUGCUCUGACCCUUCUGUUAAAAAGAUGGCAAUGUUUGUAGUCGCAGGUUUUACCCUCUCCAGCUCUCUCUUCAUCAUUCUCCUGUCUUACCUUUUCAUUAUUUCAGCCAUCCUGAGGAUGCGCUCAGCUGAAGGAAGGCGCAAAGCCUUUUCUACCUGUGGUUCCCACUUGACUACUGUUGUUGCAUUCUAUGGGACCCUCUUCUGCAUGUACUUAAGGCCCCCUUCUGAGAAAUCUGUGGAGGAAUCUAAAAUCUUUGCAGUUUUUUAUACAUUUUUAAGUCCCAUGCUGAACCCAUUGAUCUACAGUCUAAGAAACAAAGAUGUGAUCCGUGCGUUAAGGCAGCUGAUUAAGGGAAACCUCUCUCAAAAAAUUGAAGCUUAG